AGCUAGCAAGCUGGCGAGUAAUUUAGAAACGAAUUGCAGCAAUAAUCUACUUAAUUUAGCUCUAAGGUUAACUACACGAAGCGUUGUUGCUCCUCGUGGCAAAAUUAAGUCCUAAAAAGCUGCACGGUUUCUUCUUUAAAAACAAUGGCACACACACACAACAGAAAGUAAACGAAUAGAAAUUAUUUGCGAAAAUAACAGCGCUAGAGCUCAGAAGAGAGUGACCAGUGUAUACUCUUGAGAAAUGUCUAUAUAGUUUUACGUCUACUGACGUCAUUUUGGGUGUGACUGUAGAUUGUACAAAUACUACCCUCAAAGUUCAGGCUGUAAGGAUUGACAGUGUUUUUGUUCGGUGAAUCAUCAGUUUCAUGGAGAACGAUGGCUCGCAUCUCUUUGGACUCUCAAAACUCUUUACCAGGAAUUCCUUUGAGUGUGCUGUCUGUGCCCAUGGAGAAUAAGUACAAAUGUCAGCAGUGUCUCCAGGUCCUGAGGAAACCUGUCCAGGCUCAGUGUGGCCACCGCUUCUGUGUGCACUGCUUCAAGCUGCUCACCAGCGCUGGUCCAAAGCCUUGUGAAGCCUGCCGCCAAGAGGAGAUCUAUGAGGAGCCCAUGUCCAUCCUGAACAGUAACGAGGCGUUUCCAGACAACGCAGCCGGUCGAGAAAUAGCGAGUCUGCCUGCCAGGUGUUUGAACCAGGGCUGCAGCUGGACUGGAUCUAUAAAAGAGUACGAGGCGCAACAUGAAGGCCGCUGUGAAAAUGAACGGGUGCAGUGCGAGGCCUGCCAGGCCUCCAUCGUCCUCAAGGACAAGGACAGACACAACGAGAGGGAAUGCGAGGCGAGAACGCUCAACUGCAAAUACUGCAAAGUUGCUUUCAACUUUAAAGACAUUAAGGCCCACGAUGAGAUCUGUCUCAAGUUUCCCUUACAAUGUAAAGACUGUGGCAAGAAGAAGAUCCCCAGAGAAAAGUUCAGUGACCACAUCAAAUCCUGUGUAAAGUCCAAGAGCGCCUGUCCAUUCAGCGAAGUGGGCUGUAAAACUGUGAUAGAGAACGGGAAGCUGAGCGACCAUGAACACAACAGCACCAUGGAGCACCUACGCCUGCUGCUGCCGAUGGUGCUGACGAUGACCCAUCUGACCCAUCCACGAAGCGAGGCCCUGGGAUCCGGGGAGCUGCAGGAGGACUCGGGUCUGGGUCUGUACAGAGCUCCUGAGGAGGGAGACGGCGCUGCAGCCGCCGCACAGCCUAUAGACCUGGAGAAAAAAGUAAUUGCUUUAGAAAACAUUGUGUGUGUCCUGAACCGAGAAGUGGAGCGCAGUUCGCUCACCCUGGAGGCUUUCGCCCACCAGCAUCGACUCGACCAGGAGAAAAUCGAAAACCUGUCGAACAGAGUGCGGCAGCUAGAGCGAACAGUGACCAUGAGAGACCUGCAGCUGUCGGAGACCGAGCAGCUGGUGCGCGAGCUCCAGAACUGCACCUACGACGGGAUAUUCGUCUGGAAAAUCACAGACUUCUCCCGGCGCAGGCAGGAGGCCGUGGCCGGCCGAACGCCUGCCAUGUUCUCACCCGCAUUUUACUCCAGCAAAUACGGCUACAAAAUGUGUCUCAGGCUAUAUUUGAACGGCGACGGGACCGGACGGGGGACGCACCUCUCCCUGUUCUUUGUGGUCAUGAAGGGAAAGUGCGACGCUCUGCUAAAGUGGCCCUUCAGUCAAAAGGUGACUCUGAUGCUCCUGGAUCAGAACAACAGGGAGCACAUCAUCGAUGCUUUCCGACCCGACAUCUCCUCCACCUCCUUCCAGCGGCCGAUCAGCGAGAUGAACAUCGCCAGCGGCUGCCCGCUCUUCUGUCCACUGGCUAAGCUGGCCGGCAAGAGCCCAUAUCUGAGAGAUGAUACGAUAUUUAUCAAAGCGAUCGUAGACCUCACAGGCUUGUGAUGUGCACUGUGGAAGAUGCACUGAAAUAUUCCUAAGAAAAUAUUAGCCUCUCUCGCUCCAGAUAUAUAUAUAUAUAUAUAUACAAAUAUUUAUACACGGUAAUAUAUGAAUAAUAAUGGUUGAUAAACAAUAAUAAUACAAUACUUAUUUAUAUAUAUAGUUUAUUAUAAUACAAGUCAGACGAUAUGCAACUGACUGCAUCAUAUCAUAAAAUAUCUUUUAUAUGUUAUAAAAUUAUAGUCAUAAUAGUGCUUUUAUUGCAAAUUAAUGCAUAGCUUUCAAACGAUCUGUGAGAAGAGUUGAACUUUUCUCUAGAAUAAAAAUAGUAAGAUAAAUCAAAAUUGUCCAAAUUAUAAAACUUAACAUUACUUUUAACCUGCUUAGUAGCAAUAGUAUAGCAGCUCAAAACAUAACAGGGGGCUUUGCACGCUCACGUUAAGAAAAAUGCCUAAUGUACAAUUUUUGGUGCAAGUUGUUGCUGGGAUGUUUGUGAUGAUGCAGUUAGCAUGCCUGGGUGGGUUUCUCUACCCGGUCGGAAAAAAUGAGUAUAACGAAUGGUGGCUUGAAAUCUUUUGAUUUAUUGUAAUUAUUUAUGUAUAGUUUGUUAACCAUGUUUUUUGAUUUAGUUUUAAUUCAUUAAAAAUAAAAAAAAUGGAUAAUUAACAGCCUCGAAGCGGAAACGGUAAAAUAUCUUUCGAUAACGAACAUUUUGUUAUUGCAAUGUAAUAUAACUAAAAAGUGUAACAUUAUACAAAAAAAAAAAAGUUAAAUAUCUACUUAAAGAAACCAUAAAACUUGGAUUAUAUAGUAGUUGGCGCUUCAUUGAGGAGUCAUAGCUUUCAGAUAGAAAUGAUUCCUGUGGUUUAAAGGGGUAUUUUAAGGAAAAAUACUAUCAGAAUACCUCAGGAUGUAAGUUGAGUUGUGCAACUUCAUUUGUCAAAAUGGUUUUUGUUUUAAGUAAAAAAAAUAGCCUUAAGGCUGAAAUGUUUGUUAAACCACUGCAGGAGAUUUACCAGCAGCUGUUAAACUGUGACUUAUAGUUGCUCUAAUUUUUUUACUUCAUUGAACUCAAUCUAUGGAAAUGUAAUGUACACCAGUUGGUUUAUUAUACACUUAAAAAAUGUUGGUAAUAUUUAUUUAUUUUGGUCUCAGUAAAUCUUUGACUCAUACAUUUGCCUUGUGACAAAUAUUUCAACAAAUGUGAAAUAAACAUGCGUAUUAAAAUCAAUAUUACUGCUCUAUAAAAAAAAAAACCUUAUCACCAAGACAACAUAACCUAGUCAAUAUAAUCAAUUAGUCAAAUACUGUAUCCAGGUUACUUGCUGUAAUCAAUAUGUUAAAUAGUUUCUCACUUCAGUGUUGCACUUGGAGAGAGCUUUAUUGAUUAUUGCUGUUUUAAAUGUCUAACAUCACUAAACACUUACAUCCGUUUAAUAUAGCAGUAUAUAAUAGCUAGCCUAACUAAACACAUUGAGCCAUUUUAGUUUCUAUAACUUUCUGCAUUGAUGGCAGAUUUAUUUUAUUUAAUAAUACUGCUUCAAUAAAGACUUUAAACCAUUAUGUUCUCAUACUGACUGAAUGACUUUUAUAUGUAAAGAUCUUCCUUUACUUGUAGUUUAGUUGUCAUUUAACAAUGAUGCUUUUGUUGUAAAUUAAGUCAUACCGAGCUUUACAUCACGCUAAUCGUAUAUCGCGGUUAGCGUGACGCACGGUUAGCAUCACGCUAACCGCGCAGAGUCAGAAUAAGAGUCUGGAUUCAGCAAGCAGGAGGUGAUAAUCAUCCUGAGAGCGGUUUCUGUUACAGUUUUUAUUUGAGUGGUAUCGGUUUUUUGCUUGUCACGCCGCUCCUGUAGCUCCGUCAAACGGUGUUUUUGUGUUUACAGUGUAACCUCAAAUGUUGCGUCAGAUGUGGAACGUGAUGUACCGUUCUGUUGCUUGCAGCUGCAGAAACGCAUGUUAUGAAAGUCCUGCCUACGUUUCCCACAAUUGCUGCAACUUAACUUCGAGGUGUUUGUUUAAAAUUUAAAUAAUAAAAAAAGUUGUCAAACUGUAUGGAUUAUUGCAUUUAGACCAUAUCAAAACUUAAUGUUUGACAAUUUGGAGUCUUUCAGCCCUUUUAAUACCAGUUUAAAUAUUGGCAUCAUGUAAUCAAAGUGGUAUAUUUGAUCUGAAUAUUAAAUCAAAUGCUACAUAAAAAAGUGAAUCAAAGUCAUCUCAUCUUUCAUCCCUCAUCUUUCACAUAUCUAAGAAAAAAAAGCAAGUCCAGCAAUAAUCUGAAACUGUCAUUUAAAUUGUUAAAAUCCUUGAAAUUGUUUGAGAUUUACGCAGAAAAAAACCAACCUGAACUCUGGAGGGUAAAAUUAAAUGUCAAAAUAGACCUGUUACAAAAACAAUGUGCCAUGUGCACAAACACAUCAAGAGGAAAACAUUUAACCAAAUAGACAAAAACAUCCAUAAUGCUCCCUGAAAGUUGAGCUCCAAAUUGAAUUCCCCCACCACCCAGAUUUUAGUCAGUCGGGACUUUUAUGAACUGCGUCUGUAGAUCUACUGAACACUUGGUUAAAAAUCUGCUUUGAACUUCCAGAAAAUGUGACCGUCUGUGUUUUGGAUUUUGAUUCACUAAACAAAAAUGAUUCAGCGAG